UAAAAGCUAAGUGGCUUAGCAGACUAUAAAAGAGCCACGAAAAGAUUCAACGGCGCGUCAGAAAUCUGCUAAAGAUUGACACGAAGAAGAGUGCAGAGAAAACCCAAGACAGCAAAAUGGCUUUUAAGACACUAUGUUUCAUCUUGAUUGUGCUUGCCUUGACAUGCCCGGAUGAGAUCUCUGGAGCGUUUUUUAGAAGGGCAAAUGGACCUCCCGUAUGUUUUAGUGCGAGUGGUGCAAAACCGGGAAAGUUUAGAGCCCCGCGGAGUGGUGGAAUGGCAGGGGUGAAGCUGGUCCACGUGUACGGCUACGUGUCUUGUCACAGACAUGCUGCAACAAAUUGGUCACCCUGGGGCUGUGGCCUUGGAGCGCACCAGGAGAUCAACACUGUCAUAACCAAUGCAAAAAAUCAACAUCUUUUGCCCCCUAGCCAGUUCCUGAGCACCCACCACGCGCCAGGAAAAUGGCACAGAAUUCCAGGUUACACCUCCAUGAGCCCCGUCCUUGAGCUGAAGGCGUUUGGCAAACCUAUUUCUGUGAGUUCUGGCCAGGAGCUACGCCUGUGGUAUGGUGAAGAUCUGGUGAAUUAUACCGAGGGAGACAACGGAGGAACAGCCUGUGCUGACGUUUACAUCCUGUACGUCUAAGAUGGCAAACUGUCCUCGCAAAGGCUUCUGGAAGAUUCCAGUUUUAGAAUAUUUGCUUAGAAGAAAAACCUGUAGUAGGGUUAACAAGAAAUAAACUAAGGGUUCUAAUGGGAAAA